AUGACACACUCCAUGGAGCUUACUUGGCUGGCCGACACCCCGCAAUCGCGCCGUCGGACAAGGGCGCUACGGGCAUGCCCCAAUUGCCGGAGGAAAAAAAAACGCUGCCGUCAUAUCGGCCCCGAUGCUUCAAGGGCGAGUCAACCCUUGACAACAAGCACAAGCAUUAUCGAUGUCUCGAGAAAUAUGGAGGACCACCACUCACGAAACCCUGCAGCGCUUGCUAGGCACGCCGAUAUGAGAGAAUCUCGCGUUAAUUCUCCCGGUAGCCCACGGAUAGAACGUUUUGUGGGAGAUCUCAAUCCUGAAGCUGCCAUUCGAGAAAAAGUGGACGCGCCUGACGGAGCUCAUCUUCGGGAUCGAGUUGGGCUGUGGAUCAACACCCCUGUCCCGGGGAGCUACGAAGAAAACAGUGGGGGGGGUUCCAAUUCAGCCGAUAUCCAAGCCGAACAUUCUCAGGUGGCGUCCAUUUUACAACGGCGGUAUUUGUCUGCUUUAGCAGCCUGUGAUCGCCUCCCACUGUCAACCCUUGACCAUCUGGUUGCAAUAUAUUUCUCCAGAGUGAAUCACAUCCUGCCUCUUGUUGACCAUGAAUCGUUCAUCACCAACUCCACGAAGGGAGUAGCAUCCGUAUUUCUUGAGAGAGCAAUAAGUCUUGUAGCAGCGAAGGAUAAAGCUGCUGGUCCGCAUCUACGUUUGAUCCCCGGUGGCCCACUUAUGGCUGUACGCAAAUUCUGCUCCGAAUUAUACGGUGGGCUUGUUUGUGCUAUGGAAGCUGGUCUUGAACAAGACAGGGUUACUAGCAUCCGUAUCCUAGCCCUAAUGUCGCUGCAUUUUGAAGGACACGAAGGUGCUGAAGCAGCUUCAAUGCAUCUUUGUCAAGCCAUCCACCAAGCCCAGACUGCAGGACUGCAUCUCGAAAGGCCCAACCGGUUAUCGGCGGAUUCUUUGACAACCCUUUUCUGGUGUUUGUGGACAUUGGACAAGAUGCAUGCAUCCAUAGGAGGGCGGCCUGUCUUCCUGGGUGAUGGGGAUAUUGGAAUAAAAAAACAUGAUGCGGCCGCGCGCCAUCCAAAAUCCGCUUUCGAUGUAUGGCUUGCGCUUUCUGAACUAUUAUCCAAGGUAAUAUCGUUUUAUAGGCCAACCGCCGAUGACACGACUGGGUGGGAAACGGACUAUCCAAGUUUCGAAGAUAUCAUGGGCGAUCACAUUCGAGAGGAUGUGGAUUUCGCUACACUCGGUGUAUUGGAACUCUAUUAUCACGCAAUCAGUAUUUUAUCAUGCAGAUACAGGCCAUUCAAUCGCUCUGGCAGUUCAAGGCCAUCAUACACUCGCCAGGGUCUAGGUGCUGUGCGGAUAAAUUCUCUUGUAGCCUCUGAGUGUGUUCAAGACUUACCCCCUCUCCCAAUCGUGCCCUACGCAGUAUCUUUAUCUAUGGGCGUCUCAUACCAGCAAUUCCGCUCUAGCAAACUUAUCACCCACUUCGACCGUGCCAAGAGUAGCCUUGAGACUUGUUGUGCUCUGCUUGAAGAACUAGGUGUUUACUGGUAUUCAGCUGAAGCAAUGGCGCGGCUGGGAAGGACGGCAUUACAUCAAAUCGACGGAACAAACUUUGGACAUAAUCAACCUAUUCGGGAUUCUCUACUACCAGGCAUAGCGAACAGCGGCGGCGAAAGUUUCAAGAAAAACGCUACCAACAUAACAAACCUUGGGCUAUCUGGGCCCAGUAUGGCGUUCUCGAUACGCCCUCACGAGUCCCUUCGGCCCUCGCAGAAUAUUUCGCUGAUCCCUGCGCAACCUGCGGCACCGCUAAUCGAGGAACAAUAUCAUGGCACAGACAAACAGAGUGGUUUUGCUGAUAUCGAUAUGUUGUUUGACGAUUUUCUAGAUCUGUCUCUACCGACAAACUUCUGGGAUCCCGUUUUCUUUCCUUCAGAGCACAGUAAUGACGUUUAA